AUGGGACAGAUUCUUUCGCAACCAGUUACAGAAAAGCACUCCGAAAAGGGCGGUGACGCCCGUUUGGCGUACGGGCUCUCUUGCAUGCAAGGGUGGCGUAUUAACAUGGAGGAUGCCCAUGCUACGAUCUUGAAAUUGGGCGACGAGAAACUCACCACUGAAGGUAGAGACGACGAUGAAGACGGGGAUGUAAAGACCGAGGACGCCGUUUCCGCGGAUGCCAAUGGCGACAAGAAUGCGUUCUUUGGUGUGUACGAUGGACAUGGAGGUGAGAAGGCGGCUAUUUUCACCGGGAAGAAGCUCCACGGUAUAAUUCGUUCCACCGACGCCUACAAAAAGAAGGAUUACGUCCAGGCGUUGAAGGAUGGGUUCUUAUCGUGUGAUCAGGCCAUUCUCCGUGACUACGACAUGAGAGACGACGACUCAGGCUGUGCAGCUACUCUGUGUAUUAUAACCCCCGAAUCGAUCUUUUGCGGUAACGCUGGUGACCUGAGAACCAUCAUGUCCAUCAAUGGUCUCGCCAAGGCAUUGAGUUACGAUCACAAGCCCUCAAACGAAGGUGAGAAGGCUAGAAUUUGUUCCGCGGGCGGUUACGUUGACAUGGGCCGUGUUAAUGGGAAUUUGGCGUUAUCCAGAGGUAUUGGUGACUUUGAAUUCAAGAAGAACGCUGACUUACCUGCUGAAGAACAAAUUGUCACAUGUUACCCUGAUGUUAUCAAGCACGACAUUGACUUAUCAAAGGAUGAAUUUAUUGUUUUGGCCUGUGAUGGGAUCUGGGAUUGUUUAACCUCGCAACAAUGUGUUGAAUGUGUUAGAAGAGGGAUCAAGGAAAAGAAGCCUUUGACUCAAAUCUGUGAAGAAAUCAUGGAAUUGUGUUGUGCCCCAACAAGUGAUGGGUCCGGAAUAGGAUGUGAUAAUAUGUCUAUUGUCAUUGUAGCUCUUUUAGACGAAAGCAAAAAUGAAACUUUAGAUCAAUGGUACGACAAGAUUAACGCUAAGAUUGCUAAAGUAGAAGGUGAUAGCUCAAUAAAAGAAUUAGGAAAUGUCAGUCCUCCAUACGAUUCCAUAUAUAAGGACUUAUACGGUGACCAUUACCUGAUUGGCCAGCAAUCAGACGAUAGUGGGUUUACUCCUAGAUAUGGAGCUGCAUCUUCCUCCUCUGGGCCUGCUGCUGCAUCUUCUAGAAGAAUCGACGAAGAAGAUGAAGACAUCGAUGAAGAUGAAAAAAGUAAUAACAAGACCUUGGCCAAUGACGGAGCCAUUUCUCUUCAAAAACUUCUCGCCAGCAAUGCCAUAACGAACGAAAACGGGGUCAUAUAUUUAGAUACCUCUUCAGCUCAAUCCUUAUUGGCACACUUCGGAAUGUCAGGAGGUGAAGUUGGUGAAGAAGAAGGCGAAGAAGAUGAUGGCGAACAAAGUGAAGACGCUCAAAUCGAAGAAAUUGAAGAAGAAGAUGAUGAUAAAGAUAAGAAGGAAGAGAAAAAGUAG